AAGCUCCUCAAUCAUCAACACUCGACGGCGAGUGAGUGCCGAGAAGGUCCACAACACCAGGCACGGAAAUAGAGGGGAAAAGUGCCGGGAGAUUAUAAUUUCGUAUGAUAUUAAUUCAAGAGUUGAAUUUAAAUCUCUGUCGCUCGCUAACUGAUCAGCUGCGUGUGUUUGCCAGCUACACAGCGCCAUGUUUAUCUCCUCGGAAACCUCAGCGCCAUGCUUCAAAGAUUUCACCCUCGUCAUGCCAGCAGUUGCUGUUGGUAAUGUGGGACAGCUGGCUGUGGACCUCAUCGUGUCCACGCUCAACAUGAGGAGAGUGGGCCACAUGCACUCUGACUGUCUCAUCCCCAUGGCUGGAAACAACCCGUACGCCUCCUGCAAAGAGGACGCUGAGGAGCUGCACACUCCUGCAGAAGUGUACACCGCAGCAGAACUGAAGCUGGCAGUUCUUCAAAUCAGAGCGCCAAUAAUUCAGACAAAAUCCAAAAAGUUCCGUCAGCUGCUCGUGUCUUGGAUCAAAGCCAGCGGGUUCUCCAGGACCGUGGUCCUGUCCAGCAGCCACGCCUACCAGAGGGACGACCAACAGCUGCAAGGCACUCCUUUGAGGUACCUGCUCACGCCGCCCCUGCUGAAGGUGAGCGCAGACGCUUUGAAAGAGCUCGGCUGGAGGGAGAUGGAGCGAGUGGCGGCCUUCCCGGGACUGACGGACGCCAACGCAGAGCCUCGCCUCUGCAUCCCUGGAGGAGGCAUAACCAAAGGACUCUACACAGACAGUUGUGCGGAGGACCUCCCGCUGGCCGUGCUGCUGCUCUUCUGCUCCGAGGGCGACAACAUCCCGGACGCCUUCGCCCUCGUCGACCACCUCAACGACUGGCUCCACCUGCUGGACGACCCUAGCCAGAAGCCCAACAAAUGGAAGAUCCCACCCUCCUGGAGUCUUCUGUUUGGGAAUGGCAUCCCUCCAGCGCUGUUCUGAUCCACGCACGUUUAGCUUUUUGUCUAUUUUUAGCCCAUGAUUAACUCCUGGGGAGCUUUCCCAAAAUUAGAAGAAAAAAAAAGUUUUCUUCAUACCAUUCUGAGUUCUUUUUGAAAGACUCCUAAGCUGAUAACCCUUGUGGACACUUUCUGCUUGUAAAUGAUGUAUUAUAUUGAAUUAACCUGCUGUGGAGAUAAAACAUGACCUCACCAGAAUCCUCCCACUCUUCCCUUUUAAUUUGAUAAUCUCCAAACAUGACAUCAUGUACAGGAAUCAACCCAAACAAGCUCUUCUGUUACUGUACUAAGUUCAGCAUUCGAGUGUUUGUUCUUCCUAUUAAAGGAUUGUUUCAUACAUA